UCUUCAUUUUUCGUUAUAAUAAUUUCGUUGUGAACUAGAACUCAUGCCGGUUUAGAUACGUUGACAAUGUAUGCGACCUUUUUGAAAAGGUAAAAUCAGACCAAAUGGAUCAAGUUAAUGAUCCAUGGCAAGAACUCUUUGAGUCGGAAGAUAUAACAGGUGAAAGAAACUUUGUGCCACAGGACGAAGAAAAUGAGAGUCAGUCUGAGAGAUCGACUAAGAGCAGAGAGCAUUCUUCUGAUCCUUUGGAGAUUUUGGAGAAGAUUGAGAAGCCAGAUCUGUUUGAAAUCCAAAAUUUGGAACAAUAUGAAGGAAGUUAUUCUGAGUUGCUUCUCGAGGACUUUAAGGAAGAGUGCCAAGAAGAGCUUGAGUUAAACAUCGAAAAGUCCUUAGAACCCUCAUCAAGAUUCGAAAGUCAAAAUCCAUCAGAAGAAGAUCAUGAGUCAUCUCAGAACGAAGAAGAAUCCUCCAAAGAGAAUCCUACUGCAAGAAAGGGGGCUUUCUCAGAGAACUUCUAUCGUGAUGACAAGUUGUCAAAAGCUUCUGUUAGAGGCAUCAAUCAUGUUCUCAAGGUCUUCUUCGAUAAUGAAGUCAAAAUAUACAAAAAGCAGACCAAGAUUAACCUUAAGAAGAAUAGCUAUCAAUUUUACCAAUGGUUCUGCAUCUGGAUUGAAAAAUUUAGACAAUAUUUCCUGCAAGAAUAUAAUAUUGAGCUUACUUAUGACAUUAAACUAAAAAUUUUCUCAGUUGUUGCAUAUCUUCUCAGAGUAAAAACAUUCAAAAGCUUCAUCCAAGCUGGCUUUGAAGGAGCUCAGAAGAGGAGAAUUCUCAAAGAAAACGAAAAGUACAAAAAGUUCAAUGACCCUAAAAAUGGAACUAGCUACGAUAGAAUUUUUGCUUUAAACCAUCCUGCUGUAAAGCUCGGAAAGAUCAUAAUUGCAACUGAAGAUAAUCUUCUUGAAAGCUUCUGGAAGAAAUUAUUGACAAGAAGAGGCACAACAGUUCCCAAUGUGAAUAAAUACAAGAGAAAGAUCGCCCAAAAGCUCGAACUUGAGUUAUAAGUUCUUUGAUAAACCAUUCCC